AUGCCGCCCCCAGCCACUGAGGGAGCGACUGGUGUGGCCACACAUCGUAACGGCCACAUCGCGACCCAGUCUGGCAGACCACCAUGUUGCCGAAGCCAGGCAACCCGGCACCGAUACGGACUCGCCCACCACGACGCCGCCGCCCCCAACUGCCGAGAAGGCUCCCAGGGGGUUGACACGGUGCAAGCCGGCCGGGCCACCAUACGUCACCAAGGGCAUGCCGCCAUGCACGCCACUGUGGGUGCGCCACCUGCGCACGCCAUGCACGUCGCGGAAAGUGCCACGCCGCCUCCGCACGUCAAGCACGCCGCUGAAGGCGCCAUGCCGCCUCCGCACGUCAAGCACGCCGCUGAAGGCGCCAUGCCGCCUCCGCACGUCAUGCGCGCCGUUGAAGGUGCCACGCUGCCUCAGCACGUCAAACACGCCGCUGAAGAUGCCACGCCACCUCCGCGCAUCAUGCGUGCCGCUGAAGGAGCCGCGACGCCGCUGCCUGCCACGCUCGCCGAUUUAUGCGCGCCGCCGCCUGCCUCUGAAGGCGCUGCGACGCCGCCACCAUCCACCUCGGCCGCUUGCAUGGUGACAGGUAUGGGCCACACGGACACCACAACAUCGCCGGACUCACCAGGUUAG